UAGGAUGCAUGUGAUGAAAUUUCUACUCUAUAUAUUGAUUCCAUUAUCGGAAGCCUUCAUUAGUUUGACCAAGCACUUUUCCAGAGGCUUGCACCAGACUCGCAGUCUCGCUCGUUUCAAUGAAUCUAAUGCAGGACCUGGACAUUGCGAAAGCAAAUGGACAUACUUCAACGAGACAAAUGCUUGUUAUAAGAAUUUCUUUUGGUCAACUUUCAACGCUGCCGAAAGCCUAUGUAAGACAGUUGGAGGACAUUUGACUUCAAUUCACAGUUUUGAAGAAAAUUCUUUUGUAGCUGAGAUGUCGAAGUCGGGUAACAGACUCACUGACAGUGCGCAGGCGACAUGGAUAGGUCUGGUACGGUCCGAUUAUCUGAACAGUAACUGGAAUAGCAGCUUGACAGUAAAAUGGGUGUGGACUGACGGCACGAAGGUUGACUUUCUAGCAUGGGCCCCAAAUAAACCAAAUGCUAAAGGAUCGGAAAGAUGCGCACUGCUGUAUAGUGAUCCUCAUGCAAACAGCGCUUAUGCUCUGUGGUAUGAGAAAUGGAAUGGUUUUACCUGCAUCCCUAAUUUGAGAUCGUUUGUAUGCAAGAAAAUGGCUCUGCAUUGAAGCGGAAAAGAAGU